AUGGCGACAAAGGAAAAGAAAGAGAAGAAGUCCAAAUCUUCUAGGUCGGAAUCAAAGACCGAGAAACCCGAGAAGACUGUCGAAGUUGAGAAGGUCGACUCCACAGAAGAUACUGAGAUGGCAGAGCCUGAAGCCGCCGCAUCCUCUUCCAAGCGCAAAAUCGAAAUCGAAGAAAUCGAAGUCGACGUAGACGCACCCGAGCCCCCGUCUAAGCGCGCAAAGCGUGCGCUCAAGAAGGGCAAGGCAUUGCCUUCGAAACAGGACAGCGAUGACGAGAAGAAGGGCGAUAAAGAUGGCAAGGAUAAGAAAGCUGCUCGGUCAGAGCAUAGUGUCUGGAUCGGUAACUUGCCAUUCCAUGUCACGGCUAUGGAACUGCGGAAGUGGCUUGUCGAUAACUCCGGAGGUGUCAUCACUGAAGAGAUGAUCACUCGAGUCAAGCUACCAACCAACAAGGAACCUGGCCGGGAUAAGAGCGUCAAGCCAGCAAACAAGGGAUUUGCCUACGUCGAUUUUACAGAAAUUGGCCCUAAAGUCUCCGCCAUCUCUCUCACGGAGAGUGACCUUGGUGGUCGAAAACUUCUCAUCAAGGAUGCGACAUCCUUUGAGGGUCGGCCCAAGAAGGAGCCUGAGCCCACUGAAGAGAACACCGCAGAGGGAAAGACCAGCAAGGAGCAAAGGCAGGAUGUCAAUGCCAGCCGCAAGAUUUUCGUGGGUAAUAUGAGCUUCAAAACAACUGAGGAGGACCUAUACAGAAACUUUGAGAAGUGCGGCGAGAUCGAAUGGGCCAAGGUUGCUACCUUUGAGGAUACUGGGAAGUGCAAGGGCUUUGGUUGGGUUAAGUUCCAGGACCCCGAUGCUGCUGCAUGGGCCGUUAAAGGUUUCGUCAAAAUUAAAGAGGAAGUCGAGACAGAGGAGGAUUUCAAGGACGACGAGGAGAAGGACAGGUCGCAGCAGAAGCAGUUCAAGACACGUAAGUGGUGGGUAAACCGAAUGCUAGGUCGCGAGCUUAAGGUGGAAUUGGCCGAGGAUGACCAAGUACGGUACAAGAAGCGGUUUGGCAAGGAUCGCAAGGCACUUCCCGACAAGGACAGCAACCCACGAGGUCGACCUCCGCCACGCAAGUAUGAUCAGACAAAUGGCGGAGCGCGGGAAAGUAAUGACGCUCCUGAGGGGGGUGCGAAGCCGCUCAAGGAGGCAGAGGAUAUAUCUGUUGCGAGAUUGACGGGCGCGGUUGUGAAGCAUACGGAUCCAAUGGUUCCUGGUGUCCGAUGUGAAAAGAUGUAUUCGUCAUGUCAAUUCAUCAUGUACCAGUCUCAGAUCACUUUCGUUAUGGACACCAUUUGUCCUUGGACGUACCUUGGAAAGAAGAGACUUGAUGAGGCCUUGACUCGGUUCCGCUCCUCGCCCUUUUCAUCCUCCAUCUCCUUCACGCUCCAUUUCGCGUCUUAUCAGCCCAAUCCAACCCGUCCUGAAACAAUCCCGGACCGAGCUGCAUAUGCCCUGCAUAAGAAGCAUAAUGACAAUCAAGAGGCCCAGAAAAUCUUCGAAGAGCACAUGCUCUCACUUGCGCAGCCACUAAAACUUCCCAUAGCCUUUACGGGACCAACUGGUAACUCGUUUCCUGCACAUCGGGUUAUCCAACAAGUUCAGGAGUCCCAUGGAGCUGAAGUAGCGAACAACCUCGUGGACGCGGUGUUUAGGCUGUACUUUGCGGAAGGCCGACAUCCUGGUGCUGACGAUAUGUUGGUCGAGGCAUGUGUUGAGGCUGGUAUAGACGAGAAAGUGGCAAAGAGCUUAGUGGAAGAUAAGUCCAGAGGUGAAAGGGAUACCAAAGAAAAGAUCAGAAGUAUCGGUAUGGAUAUCGAUGCCGUGCCGACUGUAGUCAUUGAGGGGCGAAGGAGAGACUUGACACUCACGGGCCUGAAAGAAGUCUCAGACUAUAUCAAGGCUAUGGAGGCAAUCACCAAAGAAAGUUCAUGA